UAAUUUUUUUUUGGAAUAUUUUUCACAGUCAAAAAUUUGUGCAAUAUCCAAAAAGCUGGAGAAUCUUACAAACUUCUAAAGUUCCAACUUUCAAAAUUUUUAUUUCACGAAUCAAUACCACUUCAAUGAAGUUAUAUUUUUACAAAUAUGUCUUCUAAAAACAAAACAACUAAAACGAACAAAAAAAGCAAGUCUCGUAGCAGCAAGCAAAACUCUUUCAAGUGCAAAUCAGAUAAUGCAUAUCUUCCAUCAGCUAGUGCAACUAAACCCUCCCUACCUAAUGCGGAUCAAGGAAAAAAACCAGUGAGCCAGAAACCAUUGAAAAAAAUUUUAAAGACCAAAAAACAAACUCUACUUUUGCGUGAAAGCUGUGGUUAUAUUACGGUUACACCGGUAGGCAAAUCUUCAAAACGAAAGAAAAAAACUACUUCACACAAAACCGUAACCUUUAAUGAAGAUGUGGAUAUAAAUAUUAUCCCUAAUGAUAAGUCAGUUUCAAGUGAAACUGAGUGUGAUCCUCAACCAGCAAAGAAUAGUGAAAAGCAGCAGAACAAAAGUGAAGAUGAUAGUACUGAAAUGGUUGAAAUUGGAGAUCAAAAAACACUAAUAGAUAUUCUUAAAGGAAAUCCGAAUCAUAUAUCUAUUGCUCGCCUUUCAAAGAUGAAGUGGCGUAUUUCUGGUAAUAGCACUUUACAAACCACCGAAAAAGAUGAUCCUCCAUCGACUUUAGAUAUGACACGCCUACGUUCAGGAUUCCAAUCAAGUGAAUCUAAAGAUCUCAUGGAAUCAGAAAAGGAAGAAAGAGCGGGAAAUGAUAUUAAAACCGAACAACUAAAUGUGGCUGAAAAUAUUUUUCGUAAGAACCUAGAUUGUUCGCCAAAAUAUCGUUAUGCGGAUUUGACUCCUAUGGAAAAAGAAUAUCUUGUUCCAUUUAAAAUACCUCAAGGUUACCACUCAGAAUUUAAACAGAAAGGAACUGAACAUGUAAUCAAAAAAAAAGAAGAAAAAUCAGUAGUAGUUAGAAAUCGUAUUAGAAGUCAAGAAAGAAAAUUACCUGAAAAGAUUGUAAAAGAUAUACAGCAAGAGCCUCAACAAACCAGUUGUGAAUCGCCAGUAAAAGGUGUUAUUAAAAAUGUUGAUAAAGGUGUGGAUAUUGCAAAAGGUGUGGGUGCAGAGCUUACCAAGGGUGUAAUUAGGGGCAUUAGUGUAGGGGCUGGGGAAAACGAUAUUGAAAAUGUUACUAAAGGUCCUAUUAAAAUUGCCAUUAGAGGUGUAAUCAAAGGUGAUGUUGGAAGAGUUGUUGGAGGAGCUAUUGAAGGUGUUGUUGGAAGUGCAGUUGAAGGUGAUAUUGGAUGUGCACUUAGAGGUGCGCUUGGAGGUGCUGUUGGUGGAACUAUUAAAGGUGCUGUUGACGGUGUUGUAGAAGGUGCUAUUGGAGGUGCCGUUGGAGCUGUUGUUGAAGGUGCUAUUGGAGGUGAUGUUGAAGCUGUCGUUGAAGGUGCUAUUGGAGGUGAUGUUGGAGCUGUCGUUGAAGGUGCUAUUGGAGGUACUACUGAUGGUAUAACUGAAAAUAUUGUUGAAGGUAUUCCUAAAGAUAAAACCUCAUGUGCCAGUAAAGGUUCUGCAAAAAAUAUUGCUGGCGGUGCUUCCAAUGUCAAAAUUUUUUCUGAUUCUAUUAUUGACGAUCCACUAAUAAAAGCUCGUAAUGAUCUCUUGGAUAUUCUAAUAAUGCAUGAAGGUUUAAGUAAGGAGUAUGAUGUGAACUUUGCCAAACUGCGUUAUGUUCAACUAUUGUGCAAAGAACCACAUGAUGCAUGUCACGAUCCAUUAAUCAAAAAAAUUUUAAAUGUCUAUGAAUUGAUCGAUUGCCAAGAUAAGAGUGAUAGUGAAAACCUCUCUGAAGAAGAGGAUACUUAAAUUUAGAAUUUCAAAUUUGGAAAUUAAUAAAUAAGAUGUGUUUUUUUUCUGCAUGCCUGUUUUGAUUAUAAGUCGAACCAAAUCAAAGAAGUGAUAACAAAGCCGAAUAACAAAGCUGUAAUAUAUAUAAAAUAGGAAGAUCGGUUGUUACAUAUUUUGCUCAAUUUUAUGAACUACCAAAAUUUUUGCCUGCAAUAAAUUAUUUCUCACAUACCAUGACAAUAACAACA